UCCCUAUAUAUAUAGCUUACUCUUCCAUUCAAUUCCAUAUCUCACUUCGAUCAAUUUUAUUUCUUCCUUCUAAUUAGUUUUUCUUAGCCAAUUGCCACUUACAAUGGCUUUGAAAACUUCCUUCUUGUUUGCCUGUUUCCUUAUCAUAUCCACUCAGGCAUACGCUAAUUGUCCUCCCGGCGCUGAAACACCUACCGGUUCUCCGCCAAAGUCUUCUCCUACCACUCCCCCGCCAACUGCUACUCCCCCAACCUACACACCACCAAUGACUCCAACCACUCCUCCAACUGCCACUCCUCCAACCGCCACACCCCCAUCUGCUACUCCCCCCACUCCGGUCACUCCACCAACAGCCACACCUCCUACCUACACUCCAACAACUCCGCCAACUCCCGUCACUCCGCCAACCGCCACACCCCCAACUCCCGUCACUCCACCAACCGCCACACCCCCAACCUACACCCCCACCACCCCCCCAACUGCUCCCCCAACUCCCGUCACUCCACCAACCGCCACACCCCCAACCUACACCCCCACCACCCCCCCAACUACUCCCCCAACUCCCGCCACUCCACCAACCGCCACACCCCCAACCUACACCCCCACCACCCCCCCAACUACUCCCCCAACUCCUGUCACUCCACCAACCGCCACACCCCCAACCUACACCCCCACCACCCCCCCAACUACUCCCCCAACUCCCGCCACUCCACCAACUGCUACACCCCCAACUCCCGUCAGUCCUCCAACUGCCACUCCCCCAACUUACACUCCAACGACUCCCCCGACUACUCCUCCAACUCCCGCCACUCCACCAACCGCCACACCCCCAACUUACACUCCAACCACUCCCCCAACUACUCCUCCAACUCCCGUUACUCCACCAACUGCCACUCCCCCAGCUACUCCUCCGACCCCCGUUACUCCACCAACUGCCACUCCCCCAACUUACACCCCAACCACACCCCCAACGACUCCUCCAACUCCCGUCACUCCACCAACAGCCACACCCCCAACUUACACUCCAGCAACUCCUCCAACUGCCACCCCACCAACAGCCACUCCCCCAACUUACACUCCAGCGACUCCUCCAACUCCCGUCACUCCACCAACUGCCACCCCACCAACAGCCACUCCCCCAACCUACACUCCACCACAAACUCCCACUACUCCUCCGACCCAACCUCCUUCCACUUAUCCACCAACUCCAGAAACUCCUUCCGUACCACCUUACAAGCAUGGGUACUGCGUGGUGGAAUGUAUGAACAGAUGCAGAUCUUCACCAGCUUACGUCGGAAGGACAAGAAUGUGUGUGAGAAUAUGCAGUCAAUGUUGCAAAGCUAAUGACAAGUGUGUUCCCGGCCCUGCCAAAACUUGCCCAUCAUGGGACUCCAUUGUCUACCACGGUUACACCGUCCAGUGUCCUUAAACGCAAACUAUUGAUUAAUUAAUCCAUCAUCGAUCACUACUUCAUUUGUUUUAAUACAAAUACGUACUCUGUUGAUUAACAACAUAUUUAUGAUAUCCUUUAAUGAUAUGAUGUUUGCUAAGUAGUUAAAUUAUACUCGAUCGGUGAUGUUAAUCAGGGUGGUGAUGAUAUGUUCCCAAAUCCCAAUUAGUAAUGCUACGGCAGUACGUUGUUACGCCCUUUGCUAGUUUGUUGUACUUGCUAAAUUGAAACAAUAAUUGAAUGAAGUGAGGCCCAAUGAGGUCAUCUUUCCUCAUACUCUUGUCCAA